AGUGUUCAAUAAUACUAACUGUGUUGGUACAAUCCAGCAACAGAACAUAAAAGUUACACAAAGGAAAGUCCUAUAUUCCUCCUAAGUGGAAGAGAAAAAAGAAAGCAAAGUUUGAAGGAAGAUGGGUUUGGAGUACUAUGAGAUUUUGGAGGUUGAAAAGAAUGCAACGGAUGAAGAGUUGAAGAAAGCAUAUAGAAAACUUGCCAUGAAAUGGCACCCUGAUAAAAAUCCCAAUAAUAAAAAAGAGGCUGAGACUCAAUUCAAACUCAUAUCUGAAGCAUAUGAGGUUCUAAGUGAUCCACAGAAGAGAGCAAUUUAUGAUCAGUAUGGAGAAGGUGGCCUUAAAAGUGGAAUGCCACCAACAGAUGAUGGUGCGGCUUCAUACUUCCAAACUCAAGAUGGCCCAAGAUUUAGGUUCAGUCCAAGAAGUGCAAAUGGUAUCUUUGCAGAAGUUUUUGGCUUUUCAAAUACAUAUGGAGGAAUGGGAAUGAGGGGUGGCAGCUGCAGAGGCAUGAGGGGCGGGUCGUGGGUGUCAAGGUCUUUCGGUGACAUUUUUGGCAAAGACGUAUUCAGAGAAAGCAGAAACUCGAGUCAAGGUCCACGGCGGAAGGCGCCUCCGAUUGAAAAUAAUUUACCUUGCAGCCUUGAGGAACUUUAUAAGGGUACUACCAAAAAGAUGAAGAUCUCAAGGGAAAUUGCAUACGCAAGCGGUAAAACUCUACCUGUGGAGGAAAUACUAACAAUUGAAAUCCAACCAGGCUGGAAAAAGGGAACAAAAAUCACAUUCCCAGAAAAAGGAAAUGAGCAGCCAAAUGUUAUUGCUGCAGAUAUCGUAUUCAUUAUAGAUGAGAAACCUCACAGUAUAUUUACAAGAGAAGGUAAUGAUUUGGUUGUAACACAAAAGAUAUCAGUUGCAGAAGGUGAAGCUCUAAAAAGCUACACAUUCCAACUUGUUACUUUGGAUGGCAGGGGUCUGACCAUUUCCAUAGACAAUGGAAUUGAUCCGAACUAUGAAGAAGUGGUCGUUGGGGAAGGGAUGCCUAUUUCGAAAAAUCCUUCACAGAGGGGUAAUCUUAGGAUCAAAUUCAAUGUCACAUUCCCAAGCAUGGUUGAUGCUGAAGCUCAAAGCCUGAACUAAGAAAUGCAUGAAGCACCAUAAUAGAGUGCCGUCCAUUGCCAAGUGUAUCUUAUGUAUAAAAUAAUAGUUUCUCGGCUUAAUGGCAAUUUUGAUUUUGAUUUUCACUCGUUAACGAAGUUAGGCGGCCAAUUUCGGAAGAAAUAAUAGAGGAACAAAAACUAUAAUCAAAUAUAUCUUUUAUAUGACUAUGAUAUAUGUAGUUUAUGUGAGAUACCAUAACAAUGUCAUCCACGGAAAUAAAAUCCAACAAUAUUAAAUAUUUUGUAUUUGUA